CCCAACUGCCGCGAAAUGCCUGAGCCGGCGAAGUCUGCUCCAGCGCCCAAGAAGGGCUCUAAGAAGGCGGUGACCAAGACGCAGAAGAAGGGGGACAAGAAGCGUAAGAAGAGCCGUAAAGAGAGCUAUUCUAUCUACGUGUACAAGGUCCUGAAGCAGGUGCACCCCGACACGGGCAUCUCGUCCAAGGCCAUGGGCAUCAUGAACUCCUUUGUCAACGACAUCUUCGAGCGCAUUGCCGGCGAAGCCUCGCGCCUGGCGCACUAUAAUAAGCGUUCCACCAUCACUUCUCGGGAGAUCCAGACGGCCGUGCGGCUCCUGCUGCCGGGUGAGCUGGCCAAGCAUGCGGUAUCUGAGGGCACCAAGGCUGUCACCAAGUACACCAGCUCCAAGUAGAGCGCCUCAGAGCGACAGUUUUAACCCAAAGGCUCUUUUAAGAGCCACCCACAUUUUCAAUAGAAGAGCUGAUGUUGUGGUGGCUUGUUCUGAGCUGUUCCUUCUCGGGUGUUUGUGUGAAAGACUUCUUAAUUAUAACCAACCUAGUUACUGUUAUAACGAGUUCGUUGUAAACGAUGUACUUCAAAUUGUUUCAA